CUACCUAUCUGCGGAGCGUCGACCUUCCAGGGUGCUGUGUGUCUGUUUGUCACGUACCCAACUCUCGUGUGCUGAAGUCUACCUGUGUGUCGGUUAUGAAAGCAUUUCAGUCGGUUUAAGACUGACAAACCUUUUGUAACGUUUAGCGCGGACUGGUUUCAUAACCUGCAUCAUGGAGCCAGGGGCGCGUGACGCGACAGCAGGUGCUCCAUACGUUGAAGCGUCCAGAGUGAAGAAAAAGAGCAGUAAGGAGGAUAAGCAGGAAACCUUGUCCCCGUCAGAGCAGACCAGCGCUAUGAAGCGUCUCUUUGGCUUUGAGAAGGAAGACAUCUCCUCGUGGCAUCGGCUGGUGUGUCUCCUCAAUCGCCCCACUGACCCGGCCUCAUUGGGCAUUUUCCGUUUCUUAUUCGGUAUGCUGAUGGCGCUGGACAUCACCCAGGAGCGAGGCCUGAGUCAUCUGGACUACAAGUAUUUAGAUGGGGCACCGGUGUGCCGCUUCCCCCUCUUCAACUUCCUGAAGCCCCUUCCCAUGGACUGGAUGUUCUUUGUGUAUUUUGUGAUGUUCCUUGGGGCUGUUGGUAUCAUGCUCGGCUGUUUUUAUCGCCUUGCCUGUCUUAUGUUUAUAUCCACUUACUGGUACGUUUUCUUCCUGGACAAAACAACCUGGAACAAUCACUCUUAUCUGUACGGACUCAUCGGCUUCCAGCUCACGCUCAUGGACUCCAACAGAUACUGGUCAGUAGAUGGACUUCGAAAGCCCAGGAAGAGGAACGCACAUGUACCGCUCUGGAACUACACUCUGCUGAGAACUCAGAUCUUCAUAGUGUACUUCAUCGCUGGAGUCAAGAAGCUGGAUGCUGAUUGGGUGGAAGGAUACUCAAUGAAGUACUUGGCGCACCAUUGGUUAUUUGACCCUUUCAAACUGAUCUUGCCGGUUGAAUUGAUCAGUCUGAUGGUGGUCCACGGUGGAGGUCUGAUCUUAGACCUCACAGCUGGCUAUCUGCUCUUCUUCGAUGCCACACGUCCUGUGGCCUUCUUCUUUGUCAGCUAUUUCCACUGCAUGAAUUCCCAGCUCUUUAGCAUUGGAAUGUUUUCGUACACCAUGUUGGCCACAAGCCCUCUCUUCUGCUACCCUGACUGGCCCAGACGCUUUUUCGGCCGUUUCCCAGAGUUCCUCCAGCCCAUACUGCCCUUCGUCUCUCCUGCCCCAAUUCCCAGCUCCUCCUGCAUCUACCCAAAACCACCCAGUGGCUCUGGAGAACAACAACAAGAGGCUCACGCUGCUCCCAAACCCACCACUCCGAGCUUCAAGCACAAGUUUAGAGCCAUCUUCACCAUCCUUUACAUCAUGGAGCAGUUCUUCUUGCCGUACUCGCACUUCAUCACGCAGGGCUAUAAUAACUGGACGAAUGGUCUGUAUGGAUACUCAUGGGACAUGAUGGUUCACUCUCGCUCACAUCAGCAUGUUAAGAUCACCUACAGAGACGGAGUAACGGGGGAGAUGGGAUAUCUGAACCCUGGCGUUUUCACUCAGAGCCGGAGAUGGAAAGACCACGGAGACAUGUUGAAGCAGUACGCCACCUGCCUCAGUGAAAAUCUGCCACACUUCAAUAUCUCAGACCCAGAGAUCUACUUUGACAUUUGGGUGUCCAUUAACGAUCGCUUCCAACAGAGGAUAUUUGACCCACGUGUUGAUCUCGUAAAGGCCGAUUGGUCACCAUUCCGGCCAAAUUCAUGGCUCAUGCCGCUGCUCGUUGACCUCUCACCGUGGAGGACUAAAUUUGAGGAGAUUGAAGGGUCUUUAGACAACCAGACUGAGGUGGUCUUCAUCGCUGACUUCCCAGGCCUUUAUCUUGAAAACUUUGUGAGUGAGGAUCUUGGAAACACCAGCGUUCAAGUCCUGGAGGGUCUGGUGAAUGUUGAAAUAGUGGAUGAGAAGAAGAACUAUAGUUUACAACCUGGUGAAAAGAUGCAGAUUCCAGCUGGUGCGUACCAUAAGGUGUACACGGUGUCUGAAGGGCCUUCAUGUUACAUGUACAUCUAUGUAAAUACUACUGAAGCGGAACUUCAGAGGAACUUCACGAAGCUUUCUGAACUUCAAGAGAAAGUGCGCAAUGGAACAGAAACCGAGCCUCUGCCUCCUGAGCUGCAGCCGCUCAUCACCGGUCUCGACGACCAGGACUCAGACAACAGCGUGAUCGACCCUGUAGUCCGACUCUUCCUGAAACGACAGAAGCGCAUGCAGGAGGUGAAAAAGAGACGAGAAGCUUCUAUGAGCGAAAGAUUCCAGAGAUUUGCCUCCAAGAAAUACUACUCGAUUAGACGAGGGUUCCUGAUGACAGCCAUCGCUUUGCGUAACCUGGCCGUGGGUUUGCCACCGAUUGAGCAACUGACAAGAGAAGUGGCCUUCGCCAACAUGAAGGAGCCCGAGACCGAGACCAAUCAGGAAGAGCAUCUUAAAGAUGAGGUGGGCCACGGAGAGCUGUGAGAAAAGACACUGUUACUAAGCUGCUGGAUGAUCCUGCAGCAAAUCAACAAAUGCUUUAAUAGGUCAGUAUUUUUGAAGCAUUCCACCUUUGUGAAAAAAAAAAAACAGUUUCUGUUUACAGUUUGGUAAUUUUUUUCCUUUUUUAUUAUGUACUGAAACCCAAAAAUUAAGAUCUGUCAUCUUUUACACUCCCUCAUGUUGUUCUAAACCUGUAUGACUGUUGGAUUUUAAGAUUUUAUACUGUAGUGUUUUAUAUUGUAGUUGUAAAAACUAUUUUAUGGUACUUGUUUCUUUUUUUAAUUGAACUUCCAUUGUAUGGAAAAGAGCGGUGGGAACAUUCUUUAAGAUUUCUACUUUUGUGUUCCACCAGUAUCAUACAGCUUGGGAACAACAUGAAGGUAAAAUGAGGAUUUAUAUUUAAAAUGUAGAAUGUAGAACUAUUCCUUUAACUAUGGAAGCUUAUUUCUCCCACAGAAUAAAAAAAGUCGUUGUGACUUAUUUGAGAGUUGCAGCUUUAUAACUCACAGUUCUAACCUUUUUUCUUAGAAUUCUGUAUGUCCAAAUAUUCAGUAAAAACAACAGUUGCUCGUAAAUGCGAAAAAAAAAUUGUAAAAUAAAAAGUCUGUGGAAGAAAUAAGCUGCCAUUCUUGAGUCUUAUUUUUUCUUUCCCCUGGUUACUGAAAUGUGAGUAAAAACACUAAAUUUACUUGGUUCUUUUCAUUAUUUGAGAGUAGAGUAUUUGCUAGUGUAAAAGCUAUUAAUUUACUUUCAUUUUUUCCUAUAUUAAAAAACUAAAGAAUGUUUGAAGCCUACCUUUUUAUAUAUGAACAAAGCGUUUAUCCUACAAUUCACCCUUUAGUGCUCAAGGUAUCCUGCCAUGUAUUGUCUCAUUACAGGAUUUAUGCAUACUUUAAAUCAAAUGCAGUUAGAAACAAUUUUCAAAUCAUCUUUCAAUUGGACAAAUCUUGGCUUUAAAAUGCGCCAAACAUGGACAGGUACCGUAUUGUCUUUAAUGCAUAAGUUUCAUUAUGCAAAAUGCUGCGUUAUUAAAUGCCUGGGUUUUAUGCAACAUAAAGCUUCUCACAGAUUUUACAUGCACACUAUGAUUGUGGGAUUAUGAAAGCAAGAAAGCUGUUCAGAUGGGAUUUGUCUGUAAGUGUCCGUUUUUGAAUAAACAAAGUGCAACACUA